CUUUCGUUGGAAGCCGCCGAGAAGGACGCAGCAAUGGUAGAACGCCCGAGUGUGAGCGAGAAAGGCGAUGCGCCAGAGAGAGGCGAGACGGUACAUGCGCUCACAUCGUGGCAGCCGCGUGGCGGUAAUGGCGUUAAUAAAGUAAUUUGUGCAGUAUGCGGGAGGUUAGGUCACCGUGACGUCCAAUGUCCUUACAAAGAUUUUCAGUGUAACAAAUGUGGUAACGUAGGUCACUUAAAACGCGUGUGUCCGGCAAGGAUGGCAGGUGGUACUGGCAGCAGCGCCCGUAGUUCGGGUGGCGGCCCUCGUGGGUCGAGCGGCAGCAGCGGCAGCGGCACCCGGCGCCUGGGCUCCGGCGGCCGCAGGGGCGCGCGGCGCCCCAGUCGCGCCAUACACCAUGUCCAGGCAGAGGAUGACGAGACUCACUAUGACGAAGAGGGUACGUCGGGGUCUGACGUCGAAGAAGACCUGUAUCAUCUCUGCCUAAACGAUUAUAAAUCGAUAUAAGGAGUUAUUUAGCGGAGGACUUGGGCGGUUUAGUGGUGGAAAAGCGACAUUCCGAGUGCGUGAAGGGGCUACGCCGGUGUUCUGCCGCGCACGGCCGCUGCCGUACGCGCUCCGCGACCGCGUCGAGGCGGAGCUGGACGAGAUGCUGCGCUGCGGCGUCAUCGAGCCGGUCGACACGUCGGAGUGGGCCACGCCGCUGGUACCGGUACGUAAAGCUGAUGGGGGCUUGCGAAUCUGUGCAGAUUACAAAGUAACCUUGAACCCUGCCUUACUGAUCGAUAGGUACCCGCUCCCUAAGAUAGAUGACCUUUUAGUGAGAUUAAAUGGUGCCCGCGUAUUUUCAAAAAUUUACCUGACACAGGCGUAUAAUCAGGUGGAGUUAGACGAAUCGAAAAAGUAUACUGUCAUCAACACACAUAAGGGAUUAUUCAGAUAUAAUAGACUAGUUUACGGAUUGUCUUCCAGCCCUGGUAUAUUCCAGCGAAUUAUGUCCAACUUGUUGAAAGAUCUACCUCAAGUCGAAGUAUUUCUGGAUGAUAUAAUUAUUGGUUCCGCGGACAUAAAUUCUCAUUUAGUGACAUUAGAAAAAGUUUUGAAACGACUUCACAGUCAUGGAAUGAAAUUAAAGAAAAGUAAAUGUUCUUUCUUAUUAGAAGAAGUACAGUAUUUGGGAUAUGUAAUUUCAAAAGACGGAAUUAAAGUAGAUCCCACCAAGAUAGAAGGUAUCCUUAAGAUACCUCGACCUCUCAAUGUGACAGAUUUAAGGUCAUUUUUAGGGGUAGUAAAUUUUUAUGCUAGGUUUGUACCGCAUUUGAGUACGAUUUUAUCCCCUUUGUAUGAUUUACUUAGGAAAGGUGCCAUAUGGAAUUGGAAUGAGCGUUGCGAGAAAUCAUUUAAAAGUAUUAAGAAACUGUUAGUGAGCGCGGAAGUGUUAAGUCAUUACGAUCCUAACAAACAGCUGACGCUGACCACUGACGCGAGCAGCCGCGGCAUCUCCGGCGUGCUGACACAACCAGGGGACCGCUCGGACGCGGGCGGCGCGCGCGAACGGCCAGUGGCUUAUGUCUCGCGUUCUUUAAAUGAUGCCGAACGUAAUUACUCUCAAAUAGACAAAGAGGCGUUAGCAAUCGUGUUUAGCCUACAAAAAUUACAUCAAUUCCUUUAUGGCAGACAUUUUACAUUACGAACGGAUCACAAGCCGCUAGUUAGUAUUUUUGGAUCCAAGCAGGGUAUUCCCGCGAUGGUGGCUAGCCGAUUGCAACGGUGGGCGAUUAAACUAUCCGCAUAUACUUAUAAUAUAGAAUACAUACGCACCGAUGCUAAUGGCGCAGAUGGCUUGUCGCGCUUGCCCGUGCCGAUAAAAAAUGCUGACUCGCUAGACGGCCCGCCGCCCGAGCAAACGUAUUUACAUUUCGCACACAACGAAUUGUUAUUAGAUUAUCAUGAUGUUAAAAAAGAAACACAGCGCGACCCGAUAUUGAGCAGAGUUUUAGGGUAUAUACGAUCCAGUUGGCCGACUGACGUAGAAAUCCGUAAUUUACAACCGUACUUUAACCGUAGACUAGAAUUGUACGAAGAGUUAGGAUGCGUCAUGUGGGGUCAUCGGGUGGUAAUACCGGAUGGUUGCCGAGAUAGGGUUUUAAGCGUGUUACAUGAGAGUCAUAUGGGAAUCGUAAAGACGAAAGCGUUUGCCCGGAGCUACGUGUGGCGGCCGGGUAUAGACGAGGCGGUGGAGCGCACGUGUCGCGAGUGCAGCGUGUGCGCCGCCGAAGCGGAGGCGCCCGCGCGCCACGCGCCGUGCCCGUGGAGCUGGCCCGCGCGUCAGUGGACGCGGGUUCAUUUAGACUUUUUAGGACCACUUUAUGGAGUAACAUAUUUGGUGAUGAUUGACGCUCGAACAAAGUGGCUGGAGGUAUUCCCGGUAAAUAGCACCUCGGCUAGUAACACCAUCGAAAAACUGUGUUAAGUUAACGCUCGAUGGGGUUUCCCUAGACAAAUAGUUUCGGAUAACGGCCCUCCGUUUACGAGUACACAAUUCGCGACCUUUUUGACAAAAAACCGUAUUGAACAUGUACACUCAGCUCCAUAUCAUCCUGCUUCGAAUGGGGCUGCGGAAAAUGCGGUUAGAAUAAUUAAACGGGUUAUAAAGAAAGCCGUGCGACAAAAGCAUAAUGUUAAUCUAGCUAUCAGUAAUUUUUUAUUACACUAUCGUAAUACGCCACACUGCACGACAGGCGAAAGUCCAGCUACGCUUAUGAUUGGCAGACAGGUUCGUACUCAAUUAGAUGUACUGCGUCCAGAUUGUGAAGAUAAGGUCCGUAAAGCACAGAGGAAACAAGCGAACACUCGAUUGGGUCCUAACCGUGUUCUCCAAUCAGGAGAUAACGUAUGGAUAAGGCAAUAUCAGGGAGAUACAAAAUGGGUUCCUGGUCGUAUUACUCAGAAAACGGGUACUACGGACUAUACCGUGCGCGAUAACUUAAAUAGGGAGGUACAUAGGCACGUUGAUCAGUUAAGGCGGCGAUCAAGUAUAUUAACCUGCCCGGGUGACUCAUCAGCUUUGCAGGUACCUCAGCCCGAACCAGUGGAACAUACUGAUGAUGCCAUCUUUGGCCGUGCUGAUACGCCGAUGGCCAUAAGCACGCCGCAGCGCAGUCACCAAGGCCGGCCUUCCACUGCGAGCGGCGCGAGUCCGGGGCCGAGUCGAGCGGCUGACGCGCGGUCCGGAAUACCGCAGGCCUCACCAAUGUCAGAUGGCAAUGAAGACCUCUUUUUGUCGCCAACAGCAAUUUCAACUCCACCAUCUAAACCGCCCCAGUUACCUCGUCAUGUCAGACUAUGUAGACUUACGAACCCACCAAAAUACAAAUUUUAACUAACUUAGUCAAUGGAAAUUGUGCCAUGUAACGUUAGUAUAGGGUUGAGUAUCAAUUAACUUAAAAAUAAAUGUACAUAUAUAAAGCAUUGCUCGUGAAAGACUAGGUGAUAAGAGGUGUGCCGUUAUGAUAUUAUUUUAGAAACUUGGUGUAAGCCAGUUUCUCUUUUUAUUGUUUUUUUUUUACCAGUAUAAGUUAUGUUAUGCAUUAGUAGGCAAUAUAUUGUUUUCCACAAUAAAUAAAAACACAAAUUAAUUGCCAGACAUACAUAUGUAGUUAUGUACAUCUAUUAAUUGUGUAAACAUUGUCUAAACUAUAAGACUAUUAAUUUUCUUAAUACAUCUGUAUGCUUGACCAUCCGAAUAACUUCUUGAUCCCUAUAAAACAAAAAUAAUUACCUCUAUUAGUUUAAAGGCGUAUUAUCUAUUUCUAAUGAACUUAUUUCAGAUAAACAAUAUUAUAAGUAGUCGAUAAGAUAAACCAGUUAUAAUAAUGCCAUUGUAACUAAAUAAUAAUAUAGAGGAACAUUUAUGAAUGAUGAUGUUAUCAAACUCUGCUUUAUAUAUAGUAGUUAAGUUUUUCUGUUAUACGCAUGCUCCUUAUAUUGCUUAUACCUAUAGGUAUUUACCUUACAAUUAGGAGGCACCUAAAGAUACUGUUUUGUGUUCUGAGGAAAAAUAACAAUAGCGUUGAUGAACUUUUUUUUUUCUUGUUAGUAAACUUACCAUGUACUAGGAAAGGAGAAGGUAUUGUGUUCAGGAAGCAGUAUUUAAGGGUAUAAAAUUAUAACUUCAAAUAAUGUUUUAAGAAGAGAGUGAUGUAAUGUAUGUACUUACUUACCUAAUAGUAUUUGUCACAUCGCGGUGCAUUCGCGUGCGCCCUCUGCAGGCCAAUUAGUCUCGCAAUAAAUAUGUAAGUGACCGGACGUGUGUGUUUCAUUUAUUCAUAUAUAUCAAUUUCCUAUAAGGUAAUGUUAAUAUUCAGAGAGGAAAUGGGGACUAGGUUUGUAAAGGAAAAGCAGUCUCCUUUCCUCUUAAAGUUGAAGACAGUGUACCGAUGGUCAAUAACAGUCAAGAACUGGACAUACACGAGAUCGAACAUACCGAAAAAGUUGAUGGGAGUGAAUGAAAUCCUGAACGAGUCUAGAGAAUCCUGUUCUGACGGGACAUAGCCUGCAACAAAGAGACACCAGUAGAAUCACGCUGGGGAACAGUGGGGAUGAUGACCAGAGGUCGGAAUUCUCGUGGCAGUUUUAAUAGGGUUGUUUCCAAUUUUUUAAAACGCUUGUAUUACGUUCUAUAUUAACUAAAAGUUGCCCUAAAAUUCGACUUUUAUACUAAAAACGGCUUUGAAUAUGUUAAAUUAACAAAAUAUAUUUUGACGGAUGCAUUCGCGCCCAAAACGCUCUUUGAAAAUUGUGUGACGUCACAGUUUACGGUUUGACACAUAACUACAUACACACGUAGAAGAUACGAGCUGUCAACUGACAUUUGUCAUUUGUUGUUUAUCGCCUAACUGUCAACAGUGUCAAUCCGAGAGUUGUGACGUCAUCAGAAUCUUCGAAGACGUUUCGAGUUUGGUCACGUGACGUGUGCUAAAAGAUAUUUUAAAAUCAAAAUUUAGAAAUAUAUGGUCAUUACAGGUCCCCUAAAAGUAGUUUAACAUGUUCUUAUAAUCCAAAUAAUUUAUUGGGAUACAAUUCUGCCCUAAGAUUUGUAGAUGGAAACAACCCUAUUGUCAUCAGGGACUUCUCUUUUAU